CAUGCGCAGGACUAGUGAGCUCAGUGCGGCUGCGCAGUAACACACGUGUGCGGUACCUGUUUGUUGGCGGCGUGUCCGGCACUGGGUUCCAACUUACCCCGGACUCACACAUUUGCCCACUGCCGGGGCACAUGGGGCUCACCAAGCAAUAUCUCCGCUACGCGGCCAGCGCUGUGUUUGGGCUCAUUGCCAACCAGAAAGCCAAUGUGGCCUUUAUCACCCUGCGGGGGGAGAGGGGGCGCUACGUGGCCGUCGGGGCCUGUGAACACGUCUUCAUAUGGGACACGCGCAGGGGGGAGAAGGUCCUCAUUCUCCAGGGGCAGAAACAAGAGGUAACUCGCCUGUGCCCCUCCCCGGACGGCCUGUCGCUGGCAGUUGGCUACGAGGAUGGAUCCAUCCGGAUCUUCAGCCUGUUGAGUGGGGAGAGUGGCAUCACAUUUAAUGGCCAUAAGGCAGCAGUCACGGCCCUCAAUUAUGAUCACUUGGGCGGCCGGCUGGUGUCCGGGUCAAAGGACACGGACGUUAUUGUCUGGGAUGUGAUUAAUGAGAGCGGUUUGUACAGACUGCGGGGGCACAAGGAUGCCAUCACCCAGGCGCUGUUCCUCAGGGAGAAGAACCUCUUGAUUUCCAGUGGUAAGGACACCCUGGUGAAGUGGUGGGACCUGGACACCCAGCACUGCUUCCAGACCAUGGUGGGACACCGUACGGAGGUUUGGGGUCUGACGCUCCUGUCGGAGGAAAGCCGGGUACUGACUGGGUCGGCGGAUAGUGAGCUGCGGGCUUGGAACAUCUCGUAUAUGAAGGAGACGGAGGACACAGAUGGGCCUCAGAGUAAGAAAUCCAAGGGACCCUUGGGCGAGGCCCAGGAGGAAGAGGAGGAUGUGGAGGAGAGUACUGAGGGGCGGAUACUUAGUUGCCAGCGCUUCGGCUCCAUCAUGAGGGAAGGAAGGGACCGAGUAGUGAGUCUCGGCACAGAUCGGACCAGGAGGUUCCUAGCCUGUCAUGGCGCAGACUCGGUGCUGGAAGUCUUUUGUGCUCUGAAUGAAGAAGAAAUCGCCAAAAAAAUGGAGAAAAAGCUGAAAAGAGCCAAGAAGAAAGCCAAGCAGAAAUCGGAGGAUGCUGAGGAAGAGGAGGAGCUGAAAGUGGAACGGUGUCUACAGGAUGAAAUCCAGAGACUUGGGAACAUCAAAGCCUCCUCCAAAAUAAAAUCCUUUGACCUGUUCGCCGGCGCCAAAGGGGAGCUGAAAGCUGUUUUACUUCUUCAGAACAACAGUCUGGAAUGUUAUUCGCUCCCCGCUGAGCCGACCCCUGCCGGGAAGGCCGAGUGUACGAGAACCUCCCGCCUCACCCUGGGGGGGCACCGCUCCGACGUGAGAACCCUGGCGUUCAGCUCUGACAACAUCGCCGUGCUGUCUGCCUCAGCCGAGACCGUCAAAAUCUGGAACAGAUCCACCCUGCAGUGUAUCAGGACUAUGCCCUGUGAGUACGCCCUGUGCUCGCUCUUUGUCCCCGGGGACAGACAUGUUAUCAUAGGAACCAAGUCAGGGAACCUCCAGCUGUUUGAUUUGGCCUCAGGCAAUCUCCUAGAGACAGUGAAUGCACAUGAUGGCGCCGUGUGGUCCAUUUGCCCAUCGCCUGAUCUGAGGGGCUUUGCCUCCGGAGGGGCCGACAAGACUGUGAGAUUCUGGGACUUUGAGUUGGUGAAUGAGGAGACAGAGGAGCAGAGCAGUCGGCGGCUCUCUGUGAAGCAAACCCGCGUGUUGCAGUUGGACGAGGACGUGCUGUGUGUGCGUUACAGCCCCAACGGCCGGAUCCUGGCGGUGUCCCUGCUGGACUGCACCGUGAAAGUCUUCUAUACCGAUACGCUGAAGUUCUUCCUCUCGCUGUACGGACACAAGCUGCCGGUGCUGUGCAUGGAUAUCUGCCACGACAACGCGCUUAUUGUGACCGGAUCUGCUGACAGGAACGUUAAGAUCUGGGGCCUGGACUUCGGUGACUGCCACCGCUCCCUCUUUGCGCACGAAGACAGCGUCAUGUUCCUGCAGUUUGUGCCAAAGACCCACCUGUUCUUCAGCGCCGGGAAGGACCGGAAAGUGAAGCAGUGGGACGCGGACCACUUCCAGCAAGUGCAGACCCUCGAGGGGCACCAUGGGGAGGUUUGGUGUCUAGCCGUGAGUCCUAACGGCGACCAUGUUGUGUCCUCGUCACAUGACAAGUCCCUGCGACUCUGGGAAAGGACAAGGGAACCGCUCAUUCUGGAGGAAGAGAAAGAGAUGCAAAGGGAGGCCGAGUAUGAGGAGAGCGUGGCCAAGGGGCAGCAGCCGGUGGUUGCCGGGGAGCGAGAGGGGGAAGUCGGACUCGCUGGGAAGAAAACCAUAGAGACUGUGAAAGCGACUGAGCGCAUUAUGGAGGCCAUUGAGCUACACAGGGAGGAGACGGCUAAACUGGAGGAACACCGCGCCCUGUGCAAAGCAGCGGGGAAAGAGCUCCCUCACCGGACUCACCCCAUCCUGCAGGCCUACGGGAACAUCUCGCCCUCGGAUUAUGUUCUGGACGUCUUCAAGAAAGUGAAAUCCAGUGAGUUGGAGGAGUCUCUCCUGGUUCUGCCAUUUUCCUAUGUCUCUGAUGCCCUCGCUCUCUUCCGGGACUACAUCCGACAGGGUCGGGACGUGGAGCUGAUCUGUCGUUGUCUCUUUUUCCUUCUAAGGAUCCACUUUGGGCAGAUCACCAGUAACCAGAUGCUCCUCGGGGUAAUUGAAGACCUUAAAAACUGCACCAUCUCCCGGGUGGCAGAAGUGCGGGACAUGAUGGGGGUGAAUAUGGCCGCCCUCCAGUUCCUGAAGAGGGAGGUGGGAGCCAGGGAAGAGGUUCAGUUCUUUGCCGAUGCCACCGAGCGCUUUGAGGAGAAGAAGAGGAAGAGGAAAAAGAACGAGAAACUGCUCCUCGCAGUUGUGUGACCCUUACGGGGGGCUUGGAAGGGACAGUGACCCAGUUCAGUUCUGGUUCUCAUGGGCCCCCUGUUAGUUCACUGUCGGACUGGGACGCCAGGGGCCCAUCAGGAAGUCUCGGCCCAUAGGUCCCUCUCCAUUUACCUUCCUCCUCUUCCUCAUUCUCCUCAUCUCUAUCUCCUCGUUGUUCCCAUAGAGACAAAGCUAUAGGCUAUAAUGUGCAAUGGUUGGGUGCUCAGGAGGUCCCACUGGGGGCUCCCCUGGUAUCCUGGGGGGCCCCCUUUGACACUGUGUAAGUUCCACUUACUCUGAGGGAUCCGCAAAUCAGAACUAGUGUUGUACAUAUCUGUGAGCGACUCUGCGAUUGGUCUUUGUCAACGCAAACCCUGUGAUUGGUCAGACUGAGUCCCUUAUAUAAACCAUCCUCCAUUUCUUAUGGAAUGUUCCAAGGGCCCAGGGUGCAAUGGGUGAGUCUGGGGAUGACGUGAUUGGCUGACUUUCUGCAAGUGACCUGUGUGUCAUUUCUUUAUAAAAUGAGGAGGAACAUUUGUUAUAAUAAAGAUGUUAUUGGUCUAAAA